UCUACACGGCUUUUAAUAAAAUGGCACUUGGGUUGAAUCAGUUGCGUUUGAGUAAUUUACUAUCAACAGCAUCAUGGCAAAGAACGGCAGCACUGAUAAGAUGUUUGGCUUCAUGUCCUGAAGAUACAUUAGAAGAAAAGGAUAAAGAGCGUUUAGUUUCUUUGCUGACAGUUAAAGUCCGAGGCGCAGAUGAAGCAGUCCUUGAUAGUUACACACAAUUCGCACAAAGAGCCGCUAAAGUUCUCCAACUGGACACAUCUGGGAAAAUAAUUCUCCCCAUGCACAUAGAAAAAAGAACUUUACUAAAAUCUCCACAUAUAAACAAGAAGCACAGAGUGCAGUAUGAGUUGCGCACGCACGCGAGAAUGUUCCAGCUCCGUGAGCUUACAGGAGAUACUGCAGAUAUUUAUUUGGAGUAUAUUCAACGCAACAUUCCUGAGGGGGUUAGCAUGAGUGUCGAACAGACCGAACUUGAACAAUUACCAUCUUUCUUACAACGAAAUUUAUAAAAAAACAACAUGAUUUUAGUCGAAACAAAGUUUAAAUUUGAAUAUAUAAUAUAGACAUUG